CAAUUCUAUGCCCGAAAACGCCAACAAAUUUCCCAUACUGGGGGUCCAAAGAUGUUGCCCUUAAUAGGAAAUGCACAUCAGUUGGGGAAAACACCGCACGAUAUUUUAAAUUUUUUAUUCGAUAAUUGUUACAAAAAUAAUUUUCACAAUUUUCGCGUUUGGAUUGGUUAUUAUCUGAAUAUUUUCGUAACUGAGCCGCAAGAUGUUGAGUUCAUUUUGUCCAGCACCAGCCUGAUUAAAAAAUCCGAUAUCUAUGAAAUGACCUAUGACUGGUUGGGCGAUGGUUUGCUAACCGGUACCGGCCAGAAAUGGCAUAAAAAUCGUAAAAUCAUAACACCGGCAUUUCAUUUUAAAAUUUUGCAAGAUUUCCAUGAUGUUAUGAAUAAAAAUUCCAAUAAAUUCGUAGAGAAGCUGAGAGAGGCCAGCAAGGGGGAUACGAUAAUUGAUUUUCAAAAUAUGGUCAAUUAUUUUACAUUGGAUGUUAUUUGCGAUACUGCCAUGGGUGUCUCCAUAAAUGCCAUGGACAAUCCGCAUACGGAAUUUGCCAAGGCUGUGGAAUAUAUGUGUGCCAACAUCAACAUGCGAGCCUUUCAUCCUCUGAAACGUAGCAAGCUGACAUAUCAGUUCUUUCCGGAAUACAAGGAGUACUGCAAAGCCAUAAAGACCUUAAAGGAUUUUACAUUUGAUGUCAUUGAGAAGCGUGUAAAGCUCCAUAAAGAACAAGAGCUCAACAAACUCAACGAAAAUACCGCCGAUGAAUUCAACAAACCCAAGAGAGCCUUUUUGGAUACCCUGCUCUCAGCCACGGUGGAUAAUAGACCCUUUACCACCCAAGAGCUAUACGAAGAGGUGUCCACAUUUAUUUUUGCGGGGCACGACACCACCUCAUCGGCCAUAUCAUUUGCCGUGUAUCUUCUGUCACGCCAUCUAGAGGUUCAAAGAAAAGUCUACGAAGAACAACAGCGUAUAAUGGGAGACAACCUCAAACGUAGUGCUACAUUUCAAGAAAUUGCCGAUAUGAAAUAUUUAGAUAUGGUUUUGAGAGAGACCCUACGAUUAUAUCCCAGUGUGCCGGUUGUGGGUAGACACACCGAAAGGGAGUAUAAUAUGAAUGGCAAGUUCAUACCCGAGGACACUUCGCUAAAUAUUUUCAUUAUGUCUUUGGGUUAUAACGAGAAGACCUUCCCAGAUCCCUAUCGUUUUGAUCCCGAAAGAUUUGCCGCCGCUGUAGAGACUCACAAACCCUUUGAAUUGGUACCCUUUAGUGCAGGGCUACGUAAUUGUAUUGGACAAAAAUUUGCAUUGCUCGAAGUCAAGACAGCCGUUUCGAAAAUUGUUCGCAACUUUGAGAUUUUGCCACCCUUGGAUGAGUUGGCAUCCCAAGAUGGUUAUGUUAGUAAUUGGCUUGGUCCACAAAGGGAACAGAGACGGAAAUUACAUAAAUAUGAACCAAAGCUAGAAAUGGUAUUAACUCUGAAAUCGGAAAAUGGUAUUUUGAUAAGGCUGAGAGAAAGAAAUUAA